AGUGCCCUCUGCUGAAAUACUUUGAGUUUUGUGUUGUUUGGGUGUAGUAAUGUGGCGGGUAUGUAUUAGUUCCUCUUAGUUCAUCCAGUUUCGGCCGCUCCAGGUCGGAUAAUGUUUCUGGCGGCACCAGUAAGUGUCGGUGACAGACAUUCAGAAGAGCUGUGGGAGCGGCAGGGGCGGGAUGACUGUACCAAUAUGGCGCCGAGUCACGUGACGCCUUCUCUGGGAAGAUGGCAGCGGCGGAAGAGCUGGAUUUGGAGGACUCCUUGCUGAGUUUUGAGAAGUUGGACCGCGCGUCUCCAGACCUUUGGCCGGAACAGCUUCCUGGAGUCGCAGAGUUUGCUGCCUCUUUCAAAAGUCCAAUCACAAGCUCCCCUCCCAAAUGGAUGGCCGAACUGGAAAAGGAUGAUAUUGAAAUGUUGAAAGAAUUGGGGAGCCUCACCACAGCGAACCUGAUGGAGAAAGUCCGUGGCCUGCAGAACUUCGCCUACCAGCUUGGACUGGAUGAGUCUCGGGAGAUGACUCGCGGGAAGUUCCUCAACAUCUUGGAGAAAGCGAAGAAAUAGCUGGGACUAGAAGGACGCGGAACGGGACCGGCCCUUAACCUCUCCGGGCGGAGGGCAUUAUCACAGCGCAGACCAGAUGCUCGGCCCCCCGCGGCCCCCGGCACCGACUCGUCAUUAAACCGUUCUCUUGGAGCCUGGACUCUGAUUUAAGGCUCGGUCACAUGGUCCUCCGGCAUGGCUGCGCUCCUUGUUUGUAAAUGUUAUUUAUAAAUGAAAUCGUUCCACGGC